AUGGUAGCUUCCCCCGGAAGUGCCGAGCGACCAUUCCCCCAGAGAACCGAGGAGCUUUCGGGCAAGCCUCUCAAUAUCUUUAAUGGCUCUAAUAGCGAUACUUGUAAGGCCCUCGCCUACCGGCUCGCCGUCGAUGCCCAAGCACAUGGAUUCAACGCGAGGAGAGUGGAUUCUUUCGCUAUCGCUAAAGACGCGUUGCCCAAGGACCAGCCCAUUGUCAUCGUCACCUCUUCUUACAAAGGCCAGGUUCCGGACGAUGCAGCUCAUUUCAUGAGUUGGCUCCAAAGUUUGGCCGGAAAAGAGGCGGCAGGGUUGGCCUAG